AUGCCGAAAGACCUCUUCGCCAUCCUGGCGGCUUCUCGCCCACCUGCCCUCUUCUUCCCCGGCCUGCUAUUGUUCCAUACCUUCCCGUUACACUUCCCGAUCACUUUGCAUAUGGAUGCCGGCUUCGGUCGCUUCUCCAAAGAGUCGAGGCUGAACCUGAAUGGAAACGUGGCUUGGUUUCUUAUGGAGAUCAUCUCACCCAUUACCUUGCUACUGACUCUGAAUCUGACUACUCAUCGGGCGCUCUCACCAGAGAACAAGAUCCUGGCGACCAUGUACACGAUCCACUAUCUUCACCGAGCAGUCGUAUCACCGCUGCUCCUGUCGCCGCAGCGCAGCCCCCAGCAUAUCACCGUGACGAUCGCCUCGAUCCUCUUUAAUCUCUUUAAUGGUUCGAUGGUAGCUUGCGGACUCGCCUACUUUCCCACCUAUAUCUCGGUCCACGAGACCCGGUUCUGGCUCGGCGUUGUGGGGUGGGCAAUCGGUUUUGCUGGAAACAUAUAUCACGACGAAGUCUUGAACGACCUGCGUCGUCCGGCUGGUCAGCGACUUGUGUCCAGCCUGUCGAAAGAGGAAGAAGAGGGCGACAAGGCAGCUGGGAAUGGACGAUACCUGAUCCCUCGGGCUGGGCUGUUCAAGUACAUCUCAUUCCCGAAUUACUUGUGCGAAUGGUUCGAAUGGACCUGCUUCGCCCUAAUCUCCUCCCCAAUCCCCUUCAUCCCCGUACCCACCCUCCAAUCCAUCCGUCUCUCCCCACGCCUCGCACUCUGGAUCGCCAGGCUCGGGUACUGGCCACCGGUGCUCAUAGUCCCCGAAUGGCUGUUUGUGGUGAAUGAAGUAGCGGCGAUGGUGCCGAGGGCGAUUCGGGCACAGGGGUGGUAUAGGGAGACAUUUGGGGAGCGGUUCCCAAGGGAUAGGAAGAUUGUUAUCCCGGGUGUCUUUUGA